GAAACACUAAUGGCCAACUCUUGUCCUAGACUGCUGUUGCUCAAGCACCCUGGAGUAUUACUGAUGAAAACUGUGGCAAGGUUCCAGCUGGGAAAGCAGGUAGCAAACAGCCUGCUUUUACCAUCCAUGUGGAUGAGCCUGAUGGAGAGCGUAAAAAGAAGCAAGCGGUUCCUAAAAAGGCAGUAUCCCAUGAAGAAGUCCUAGGCUUAGCUACAGCUGUAACAUCACUAGGAGACAGAAAACCCUUGGCACCCAUAGAAAAUCCAAUGGAUCUUAGUUUUGAUUCUCCAAGUAUUAUGGAUAUAUCAGUAAUCCAAGAAAUGGAAGAAAAAUUAAAUGUUAACCAGGUACCAGACUACAUUGACGACAUCUAUACAUACCUUAGGGAAAUGGAGGUGAAAUGCAAGCCUAAAGUGGGCUACAUGAAGAAGCAGCCUGAUAUAACAAACAAUAUGCGAGCUAUUCUUGUGGAUUGGCUGGUGGAAGUUGGAGAAGAAUAUAGAUUACAGAAUGAAACUCUGCACUUAGCUGUAAACUACAUUGAUAGAUUUCUUUCUGCAAUGUCUGUGCUGAGAGGAAAGCUUCAGCUUGUGGGGACUGCAGCUAUGUUGCUAGCAUCGAAGUUUGAAGAAAUCUAUCCUCCAGAAGUAGCAGAGUUUGUUUACAUCACAGAUGAUACCUACACCAAGAAACAAGUCUUAAGGAUGGAGCACUUAGUUUUGAAAGUCUUGGCAUUUGACUUGGCAGCUCCAACAAUAAACCAGUUCCUCACGCAGUACUUUCUACACCAGCAGACCAAUGUUAGAGUGGAGAGCUUAUCAAUGUAUCUGGGAGAGCUGAGUCUAAUUGAUGCUGACCCAUACCUGAAAUACUUGCCAUCACUUAUUGCCGCUGCAGCAUUUCAACUAGCAAGAUAUACAAUUACCGGACAAAACUGGCCUGAAUCACUGUCCAAAUUGACAGGAUACACCCUUGAAAGCCUUAAACCUUGUCUCAUGGACCUCCACAAGACCUACCUCAGAGCAGCACAACACUCACAACAGUCUAUAAGAGAGAAAUAUAAAAGUACAAAGUACCAUGGAGUAUCACUCAUUGAUCCACCAGAGACACUAAAUUUAUCAUAACAAUCAAGAGACUUAAAGAAACGUGUAUUAUAUUUGCAAGCAAAUGAUGUACAGUUUUAACUCUGGUCAAUGUUUUAGAUUUCUUACAAUCAUUUCAGAAUCCCACCAUGUGUGGUGUAACUUGAAAUUAUGAAGUUUGUUAGUUUUAUAUGGUUUUAAUAUAAAUCUUUUUGUACAUGCAAUCUUGUUCUAAAUUUAGCUGGAGCUUGUUUUUAUAAAGCAAUUCUUGUCAAGUCUAGAAUUAACCAUGAAGGUAAGCUGUUAAUGUUUGUUUCAAAACUGUCAGAUUAAGGAGCAGUGCGUUCAAGUUGGGACUCUUAACAUUGGAGUAAUAAAGACAAGGAUGUAGCUCUACUUGUGCUGAACCAGUUAUGAAGUUGACACCUGAUAGUAGCACCUUGUGUUGACAGUUAAUUUCAGCUGAAUGUAGAUCAAAUCUUUGGCUUUAAUGGUCAUACUGCUAGAACUAAUAUAUAAACCCCUUGGAAGACAUUUCACUUUCAGUAUGGGAAAAUGUAUAGGUGACUUGCUUCAAAAGCAGGCUCUUAAAUCUAGUGGUCAAACUAUCAUAAGCAGUCUUCCAAGUGGCAAUCAGCUAGAACUAAAACUACUUAAGUAUCUUUUUCUGUGUAGCAACAGAAAAUAGCCACAAGUUGGAAGCCACUUCUAGUCUACAUGCACAAUUGAUGCUAAUACAGGUUCACGCAGUGGUCUAUAAUUUGGCUUUUUGUGACAGUCUCCCUCUAGUUAAACCUCCAUUUACUACAGCUGUGCCUCUACCUCCAUCCUGCGAGGAAAGCAAACAGCAGGGAACAUGACCAAUGGCAUUAUUCCUCUCUCCUUCCAUUUGUUGAGAGAAUAAUAUCCAUCACGGCCUCCUGCAUGUUAUGAUUAAGCUAUGGUGAUAUUAAGUUCAGAACAGCCCCAUUUGCAAGGGCUUGUAUGCAGCUUGUAAUGGAGCAUUACCUUUUUAAUUGUUAACAAUGGUAACUGAAAUUUUAGUUGACUCAAACUGACCCUCUGCCUGUGAACUGUCAGCUUGUACUAACUUUGCUCAAGAUGUACUGUGCUUAAAGUGUAAAGUGGGAACAGGACUGAAAAGGAAAUCAUCUGCAAGUUUGGCAAAUAAACAACCAUCCUGUACUGAAGUUGAUGCCAUUGGUCUGUCUUACCUUAAUGUCAGCCUAUCAUAGUAGCUGAUUAAUCCUGCAUUGUAGAGGAAAAAGCAGUCCCAGUUUGACUACUAGUCUGUUUCCAAACUUUGCACAUCAUCAGGAAAUGUAUCUUCCUGGUCAAGCUAGCUCACAUGUCAAAACAAAUUCCUUUCUGAACCUAGCAUUGUAUCUUAUUUACAGCUAUAGUUUAACUCUGGCAUCAAAUCCACAACUAACAGCCUAUUGGUCAUUUUAACACACUGUUCACUUGCUCAUUACUAUUUUAUUUAAACAGGGAAUUAACUACUUUAUACCAAGAAAAACUGUUCUCUUAAAUUCUAAGCAGGCUUUUCAUUAGGUACCUGCUCUAAGGCUUCCCUAAACCACCAGGUUAAGGGGGGAGCAUGAAGAGUAGUAUAGGUAAAUAAGUACUAGGAGUGGAGGGAAAGCUUGGUGCUAUGAUUGGCACCAGGCUUGUCCAUGCUUCUCUUGAAUCUAUGGAAAGGGGGGUUUUAACAGAUUCAAAUUAUAUCAACUUGGAAAAGUCAUUCUUUUCAGUGGUGGGAGUUGGUACAUGCUAUGAUGUUCCAGCAGCAUGCAUCUUAAUGACUAUGAUCACCAGUCUUCACUUUCAUGUGCUGUUUUUGAAAAGCUCAAACAUGCUUGCAGAGAGUGGGUCAGGGUUCUUGUGUGACUGAACUAAUGCCUUGGUUUUCUUAACAUUCUUCUGUAAGACAUACUACCAUUUUCACUCUUGGAUUGAAAAAUUAUACCUCUUUAAAGAGGCUAGAUUUUUAUACAAUAUAUGCAUAUAUAGGUAAGCAGUCCCUCUCUAAUUUUUUGCACAUUAGGGGUAGAAUAAAUGUAGCCUUUAAAAAGACAAACAUGAGUGCAUGCUUCCUAUUAUACUGUUUUUAAUGGCAACUGAACUGCUCUGUUCCCCUCCAUUUCAGUGUUAUUGUUGUGACAACUCUGCUUAGGUGAAUAGAUAUUCUAAUCCUCUUGUAAAACUUGAUUUGGAGCCUGUAUGGUUGGAAAGCACAGCUUUGUUCACUGCAUCUUUCUUCCCCCUUCUCCUUUAAAGCCCAAUAAUUUCCACAUUUCCUGUCCCUUAAUUAAGCUAGAAUUCACAAAGCUGCACCAGUAAGCUAAACCUUUUCCUGAAGCACAAGCAUAUUGUACAAACAAGUGAGUUUUGCCCAGAACUAGAACCCCAUUGCAGGUUUUUCCUUUUUAAAAAAAUGGUUCAUUGAGAUAUGGGGGCGGGGAGGAGAGGAGAGAACUGCUUUUUUUUACCUACGUUUUAAAGUUAUUGGAGCAAAAUUGAAGUCUCAUUUUUGCUGUAUUUCUAUUCUUGUAUGUAUUUCCAUGUCUAUUUCACCCUCUUUUUAUGCCACCCUCUUUUUAUGCUAUCUAGCAAAGCAGUUGAGAUUAGUUUUGUCUUGUUACAGUACAGAUCCUUUCCUAUACUUCCUACUUUUGUCCUGGGUGUUAUAGGAUAGGUUUCUUCAGACGGUAGUAUUUAAUUUUUUACAAAACAUGGUUAAACUGAUAGUAGUUUAAUAAAAUAUUAGCAAAUA